AUGAUGUGCUAUGUAUUUGGACCCAAAAAUGCUGGAAAGUCUGCAUUGCCUUUCCAAAACUCAUAUGCUUUAGAUAACAAUAAUUGUUAUAAAGUCAAUGCUGUUGACCAGCUUCGGGGAACUAAGAAGACUUUGAUAUUGCGUAAAAUUCAAGAAGAUGAUGUCAAAGAGUUUCUAUCUAGCAAGGAGUCCCCUAAUGUGGUAAAAUUUGAAGUCCUGGAAUCGGGAAUUAGAAGAUUACUUCAUUGCAUUGGAUUACAUUUCGUGACACGAAUUUAGAGAUAGCUGUUGGCCAACAUGCUGGAAAAAGAGUGUUUUUACAAAGAAUUCCUCUAUGUCCGUCUGACGAUGAGAUGUUCUCAUUCAAACUAAAGAGAAAGCAGUUUCCAAUUCAGCUUAGUUUCUCUAUGACAAUCAAUAAAGCUCAAGGACAAACAAUUCCAAAUGUAGGUGUUUAUCUACGAGAAUCGGUAUUCUCACAUGGCCAGCUUUAUGUGGCGUUGUCUAGAGGAAUAUCACAUGUCAAUACCAAGGUAUUAGUAAAGCCGGAAAAAACGUUUGAUAAUGAUGGAAUCUACACAUCAACCGUUGUGUACAAAGAAGUGUUAUGUGAUUAACAAGGGCUAGCAGAUGAAGCAACAUGAUUGCAGAUUGGUGUAGUUUAUAUAUUGGACAUGUUAUAAAUGAACAAAACUACAUGAUUGCAGAUUUUGGUUAUUUAUAGGUUGUAAAAUCAAGUAUGAACUAUUAGAUGAAAUUCCAAAUGUUGACUCAACUUCUGUCGUAUUAUAUGACUAUGCACCUUGCAAGAAACUAUCCGUUGAAAUGAACUAUUCGACAUAAAAUAGUCUACCAAAUGGCCGCAAUGAAUAUCUCACGUCUAAAGGAAACUAAUCAUCACAUUAAAACUAUCU